CUGCUUACUCCGUAUCCAGAGGCCGAUGCUGUCACGGAUCGCAGAAAGCGCGUCUACAAUGGUGUGCAUUCUCGCACCAGGAUAGUGGUUGAAUGUGCUUUUGGUCGGCUCAAGAAUCGGUUUCGUAUCCUGCUGUCGAAGCUCCAGCAGAAAACCUCGCGAGGUGUUUGCCGAGUAAUUGUCGCUAGUGUUGUGCUCCAUAACCUACUCAUCCUAGUACAGGAUUCGCAGCGCAUCGAUGGACGUGACCCCCUAUUGGUUGACGCUCCUCGCAUAGUCCAUGAGGAUGCAACCGACCCCGAGUUGCCAAUAUCGCAUGCUCAAGGAGUUGCCAAGCGAAACGGCAUCGCCGACAUUUUGAUAGGCAAGUUUUAG